CAGGGGCGCAGCGCUCGCCGACGCCGCGGCUGGCCCCCCUCGCCAUUUUCCAGCCGGGUCCUGACGCGCGGGGAAGGCGGAGCGGCCGGAGCGCGGUCCGGGCUGGCCCCGCGGGGCGGCGGCGGCGGCGGCGGCGGCGGCCUCGGCCUCGGCCUCGGGCUCGGGCCCGGCCGGCUCCCCUGGCGCGCCCCUCCCGCCGGAGAUGAGGGAAGAUGUCCGCGUCGGGGCUCAAGGCCGAGCUGAAGUUCCUGGCGUCCAUCUUCGACCAGAACCACGAGCGGUUCCGCAUCGUCAGCUGGAAGCUGGACGAGCUGCACUGCCAGUUCCUGGUGCCGCCCGCGCCGCUCACGCUGCACUGCACCAUCACGGAAUCUUACCCAUCUUCUUCACCAAUAUGGUUUGUGGAUUGUGAUGACCCAAAUCUGGCAACAGUUCUGGAGCGACUAGAAGAUACUAAGAACAAUAAUUCGCUUCGUCAGCAAUUGAAGUGGUUGAUAAGUGAACUCUGCAGAUUAUAUAAUCUUCCUAAGCACCUGGAUGUUGAGAUGCUAGAUCAACCACUGCCCGCGGGUCAGAUUAGGACAACAGAUGAAGUGACUUCAGAAGAGGAGGAAGAGGAAGACAUGGCUGAAGAUUUAGUAGACUUGGAUCACUAUGAGAUGAAGGAAGAAGAACCUUUUAGUGGAAAAAAGUCAGAGGAUGAAGGAAUUGAAAAAGAAAACUUGGCAAUAUUAGAGAAAAUUAGGAAGACUCAAAGGCAGGACCAUCUAAAUGGUGCAGUGUCUGGGUCUGUGCAAGCUUCAGAUAGACUUAUGAAAGAGCUCAGGGACAUAUACAGAUCACAGAGUUACAAAACCGGGAUUUAUUCAGUGGAGCUCAUAAAUGACAGUUUAUAUGACUGGCAUGUUAAACUGCAGAAGGUUGAUCCCGAUAGUCCUUUGCACAGUGAUCUUCAGAUCUUAAAAGAAAAAGAAGGCAUAGAAUAUAUUUUGCUUAAUUUCUCUUUUAAGGAUAAUUUUCCAUUUGAUCCUCCAUUUGUUCGAGUGGUGUUGCCUGUUCUCUCAGGAGGGUAUGUAUUGGGUGGUGGAGCAUUGUGUAUGGAACUUCUCACAAAACAGGGCUGGAGCAGUGCCUACUCAAUAGAAUCGGUCAUCAUGCAGAUCAAUGCCACCUUGGUUAAAGGCAAAGCCAGAGUGCAGUUUGGUGCAAACAAGAAUCAGUAUAAUCUAGCAAGAGCUCAGCAAUCUUAUAAUUCCAUUGUACAGAUUCACGAGAAAAAUGGUUGGUACACUCCUCCCAAGGAAGAUGGCUAAGUGCGUUGAGUUUCCUGUUUGGACCAAUGUUGCUUUAAAGAAAACCUUUCCAUCCUGCAGACUCAAGCUUUGAGUGCCCCUGUAACAGCAGUACCUGAAGAUGUUAGCUAAUAGAUAUUUUAGUGGAUAAUCUGUCAACUGACAUCGAGAAUAAGUUAAAGCCUUUUAAUCUUAUUCACUUUAGAUAACCUGGACUGAGCAGUGGGGGCUUUCACAGUCUUUUUCCUGGUAGAAACACAUACUGGUCAUUAUUUAUCAUCUGUUUUCCUUGAAAGGAAGAUCUGUUAAGCAGGCAUUUGUGAUUUGAGGGUAACUUUCCUGUAUUGAGCCUAUGUGUUCCCAGGAAUUGCAAUAUUUUGUUUCGUUUAGAGCCAAUAAAAUUUUAAUUCAUGUUGAUAUUGGUUUAGAAAGUUUAAGGUCUACUAAAUCACAGUAAAAUGUUAAGUUCAGAUCAUUUUAUGAUAUUGCCAAGAUAAUGACAGGAAACUCUGCUCACUAGAUUGUUAAAUACAUUUUUUUUUCUUUAGUGACUACUUGAAAAAAAUGACCAAUUUCUGGAAUAGACCCUCUAAAUUGUAUUGUACUUUUUAGACAAAGUGAAGGCUGAGCCAAUUAAGGCUUGUAAGUAGUCAUUUCCACUGGGGCAUCAAAGUCUUGCUGGACUCUGCUGUUGAUUGGUUCAGUAUUUCUUUUGAAGAACCUGCAACAUAAAGCUUGGGAAGUUCCUUAAAAUACUAAGUCAUUUUAUGCUUCCAUUUUAUUAAUGGGAUGUUGCAAUCAUUUGUAAACUAAUAAACUGAAGUAAUUGGCACAAGGACUUCUUGAGCAAAAACUGCCCAGUUAAGUACAAAAAUUAUGUGAUUUGGAAGCUCUUAAAAUAUUUGCAAUGGUUACAAUAACAGCUUUUAUAAUGAAAGAUUAACAGGAACUCCACAUAUGUAAAUUUUUAUAAAAUCUGAUUCAAAUCAAUGUACUCUGCAUUUUAUUGCUUACCUGAAUCAGUCCUGUUAUGGUUGAUAAUAGAUUUUUUAAUACACCCAACUUUGAUUCAAAAGUAAUUUGAAUUAUUAUGCACUUUUAAAAAGAAACCCAACACAUUUUUUUCUGCACAAAAAGUUCAAAAAUGUUUCUUUCAUGUUUGCCUUAAGGUACAGUAUUUAACUUUGUAGACCAUAUCUGAGAGACUUGUCAUGAGUAUGUGCUUAAGUUCUUUUUCAGACUUUGGUAAAGAGGACAGUAGAAAAACUUUUUGGCAUCCUUGUUCACUUGGUUACCUUUGUAUAAAGUCUUGAUUACCAACCUCAGAUAACAAGUGGCAAGGCAGAAAAUCUAGGGCUAAAUCUUGACUAUAUUUUUGAAUUCUUUAAUAACCCUGAUGAAUAGCAGAUUGACAGCUACUCAUUUGGCAUGUUUUUGUCCUUUUUAAUUUUAUUUUUAAUUGCAGGUUUGGCACUAUACAGUAAAUUUUGUAAACUUGCAUCAAGUUUAUGAAUAAAGAACCAGUUGUCACUUUUCCCUCCUAAGAGAUUAUCUACUGUAGGUGUGUGUAAUUUCUGGAAUAGGAUUGUAUGUGGUGGGACCUGGUGAAGAGAGGCUUGAGGGAAGAGAAGCAGAUUGAUUUUAACAGGAGAGAGAAAUGGUAUUUCCAGACAGGUGUAAUCAGUUUUCCAUAACCUUUUCUCUCACCCACAGUAUUUUUUUCCAUUUGUUAUUGUUUUGGGUCACACCCGGCGAUGCACAGGGUACUCCUGGCUCAUGCACUUCGGAAUUACUCCUGGUGUGCUCAGGAGACCAUAUUGGGAUGCUGAGAAUCAAACCCAGGUCAGCAAGGCAAACACCCUACCUGCUGUGCUGUUGCUCCAGUCAUUUUUAAUAGAAGUUCAGAUGCUACUUUCUUCACGGCAGCCCCUAAACUCUUGCUGUUAAGAUAAUUUGCUCCCUCCUUAGCGUACCCCUAGUAUCUUUAUGAAUAAUUGUCAGUUUGUCUCACAUAUGGGAAGUCCGUGAGUUAGGACUACUCUGUGCUUUGCUUCUGAGAUUUUUCUGUUGAUCUCAUCUUUGGUCUGGGUAUUAUUUCUACAUAUGCAGCUACCUUACUCACUCCAGAAGUUGAUACUGAUCCUGUGUUCUAGUGUCUUUUGAGGAGGUGAGGAUGUCUUAGAAACACUCUUCACUCAACAUCUCCUAUCAGCUGUACCGACCCUCACUUUUUCCCCUAAGGUUAGAACUGUAACCUAUGUCUAGUUCUAAAAUGAUAACUCCUACAAAGUGAAAUCAUGAUUAAUUUGGACCAGUGGCUCUCAGUGUAUGUUUUUGGAAGUACUCUGGUGACCCUCUAAGAUCCUUGUCAAAUCUGCUUUCAAUAUACAAAAAAACUGUUAGACAGUUGAAGUUUUCAGAGUCUGAUUUGAUAAAAUAGAUUGAAUUCAGAAGCAGAUCCAGCUGUCUUCUGUUGAGACAGAUAUUAGAGGUUUGCAAAAUGUUAAAGAAUGACACUCUUUUGGGGUGGGAAAGUUAUUUUUUUAAUAAAAAUGUUAUUUUGUAACUGUGUAAUUGACUUAUUUUUAAAUGACUCAAAGUGUUUUAACUUUUCAUAUGGUAAUUAAAAACCCACAUAAACAGUC